AUGCCACCAUCUUAUAUUCCUUUUAGAGAGGUUUCUGCUCCUCCUACUGAGUUAACUUCAAAAAUUCAAGCUGCCAUAAUCAAACAAGUUGAGUUUUAUUUUUCAGACGCAAAUUUAAAUUAUGAUCGUUAUUUAUUGAAUGAAGUUCGUUCAAAUGCUGAAGGUUGGGUUAAAAUUGAAUUGAUUGCUAGUUGGAAUAGAAUGAAAAAAUUCAGACCAGUUAAAAAUAUCGUUGAUUCGAUAAAAAAAUCUACUGCUUUAGUUGUCAGUGACAACGAUUUGAUGAUCAGACGUAAAACACCUUUUGUUGUAACCACUGAAUCUUAUGAAAAAUCAUAUGCACAUACUCUAUAUGUUGAAGGUUUUCCAACUUUGAUUAAAAAAAUGCAAAUAUUUCAAUCAGAUUUAGAAUCUUAUUUUGGUCAAUUUGGCGAAGUUGCAAUUAUUAAAAUCAGAAAAAAAAAAUUCGAUAAAAGUUUC